AUGUUACCGCUAGCCGGGGACAGUCGCUUGAGCGCCAAGUCUUCCCAGCGUUCGCUGAGGCCGAUCGGUCCGGAGGAAGUUCCCCUCGACAAGAUGCUGGAAGAAAAACCCAAAGGGAAACUCCUGAUGAUGCCGGACGGUACCUACGUGCGUCUCCAGGAGAAGAACGUAUGGAUAAGAGCGAUGCAAGAAAAGUACCUAGCCAUUGACUACAAGGCAUGCAGCAUCAAAGUAGGUUUCGGUCUGAUGCUCAUCUGCUUCAUCUACAUCAUCAUGUUUCGUCAGGAUAUCUUAUUAAACAUGGCUAUAUUCGUGCGAGAUUACCUUUAUGAUCCAGAUACAGACGCGGAAAGCAAGGAAAAGUACAAGCAUGGUAAUAAAACUUCACCGGCGAAAUCUUCCAGCACAGCCGAGAGCGCAGUCACAGUGCCGUCGACGCAAGUUCCAAGCCAUCCUGAUCGUCCGAACAGAGUGCGAGCUUAUAGAUCCAAAUAGCGAAGAGUCAUGACAAUUUAUGUAUUUAUCUGUAUUUAUGUAUAACUUGUGCAACAGACCCGGUGGAGAAUUUAGGUAUUUAGGACAAAGCACUAUUAAAGCGUAAGCUCAACUAUGUACUCAAGCUUAAAGACCGUGUUGGCACAAAUUACACUCAUUUUUUAUUAGGACCGUCAGCAUCCCUAAAACCAUCCGAUUCAUUGGGUCAUUCGAGUUAUCAAUGUAAUCAUUAUGCCUAAGGUUUCCUAAACUGCGUUUUAAGUGUCCUGUGUGUAAAGGGAAUGGGAUCAUUAAAGGGACAUUUAAGGCAAAUACUAAGUCGACGCGGACUGUUUAAGUACCAUUCCAGAAACCUCGCAACACUUGUUUCGCGCCAGGAAAAGACAGUUUACGAGAAAAUUGCAUCCGAAGUAUCCGAAUACCUUUUAAGAAAUUCGAACCUCCCGCCGCCC